AUGGUCUGUGAAUGUGCAUUGGUGUUACUUGGCUGGAUUUUCCUUCUAUAUUUGUUGUAUCACUUGGCCAUAAUUUUUUAUAAUCUCGUUUAUCCGUUCUUCAUUGCAACCCCCAUCAAUCUAAACAAGGCUGCUGGUGGCAAAUGGGCUGUUAUUACUGGUAGUACCGACGGAAUAGGAAAAGCUUAUGCUUUUGAGUUGGCAAGGCGCAGUUUCUCUAUUGUUUUAAUAUCACGUACACAAAGCAAGUUGGAUGCAGUGAAGGAGGAACUUGAAAAAGAAUGCUGCAUCGAGAUCAAAACAAUUGCAUUCGAUUUCACCAGUGGAAAUAUCAAUGAAUAUGAAAAGACAGUGCUGUUUCUGCUAAGACAAUUAGAUAUCGGGAUACUGGUUAACAACGUUGGUGUAAGCUUCAGUUAUCCGGAAGUUAUCUAUAAGGCAGAAGGUGGUCUUCAAAGACUUGCAGAUGUCGAUAUUGUUAAUACUCUUCCCGUAACUUUGUUGUCUGCUGCAGUAUUGCCUCAAAUGGUUGAGCGUAAUAAUGGCAUCAUUGUGAAUAUAUCCUCUGCUACUGCAUAUAGUCCACUCAGCUUGCUUAGUGUUUAUUCAGCAUCAAAGAAAUAUGUCACUUGGUUUUCAAAUAUUUUACAAAAAGAAUACGCUCAGACGAAUAUAAUCAUCCAGACCGUGUGUCCUAUGCUUGUUACUACCAAAAUGUCCAAGGUCUCGCGUCCAUCAUUCUUUUUCGUGACAGCUGAAGAUUUCGCGAAAAAUGCAAUUAAGACGAUUGGAAUUGUGGAUGAGACAACCGGUUGUUUUCCACAUCAGUUGCAAGCUGAAAUUAUAAAGAACUUCCCGGAAUGGAUUGUUGUGCCUUACUUGAGCGGGAAAACCAAGCUUGUUCGCAAAAAAGCACUUGCAAAAAUGGCACGGAAUAUGAAGACGACUUCAUAG